AUGGGCAUAUCACUACUCUUUGGAACGGACCUAUAUCUUCAAGACCACAAUUUGCUAUCCUCCGACGUUAUCCCAGAUGGCCAACAAGCUUUGGGUGAUGGUGUGGAGCCCACGGAGGCAAGAUUUCAAGAAUCAACUGAUGAUAUAUCCUAUGGUGGAUUUUAUUUUGCAGGAUACAAUUUAGGGGACAUUAGCUCACGGAACGGCAUUCCCGUCUUUUCUAAACAGACGCGGCUCUGGAUCCAGCGGCACGUUGGUGUUGAGGCAUUCACAGCUUUCAACACUAUGAUCGAGCAUGACCGAGCGAUUCCCACUUGUCAUCAAACCAUCAAUUCGGCGGGUUGGGACGCGCUACCCCCUCGGCAUAUAAUCGAAGCUUACAUCUCCAUAUACAAGGCAUCGCCCUUGCGGUUGGUCUUCCCAAUUAUUCAAGAGACGCUAUUCCAACGAACUGUUAGUCUAGCCUAUGAGGAUACUCCUUCAUUUCUUGGAAGAGAUGUUUUAAAUGCAAAAACCUGCAUCCUCGCUUUUACAGCCGCCUUGUCGGUUCUUGAGCCAGAGCAGACAGCCGUUCUUUCCAAUAAUGCAGCAUUAUGUGCCGACAGAGCUGAGCAGUCAAUUUUGUCUGUGCUGGCAGCGCCGACAAUUGAUGGUCUUCAAGCAUCAAUUAUGCUGUUACUAUAUCGGGACUUUUGUGGCCAGCUUCAGGCUGCCACUCUUCUUCACUCGAUUUCUUGGCGAUGUGUGUCGCUUUUCCGGGCACAUGUAAGACCGGACACAGGAGUAGGAACCGACACGGUUAGAGGACAGUGCAUUGUUGAACACCUUCGUGGGUUGUUUUGGUUGUGCUAUUUCUUUGAUAAGCAUAUCUCAUUACGGUCUGGGCAACCUCCAGUCAUAGACGAUAGCCUCUGCGAUCUGACAAUCCCUCGAGAGUAUGCUGGUUGCGUCUCUAUACAGCAGGCAGCCAUGGAGCCAUGUUCUUGGCAGUCAUCCCCGGACCUUUUUCCUUGUGACCUUGAACUGACCAAGUUGAAAUCCAAGGUCUUUACCGUUCUAUACUCGUACAGCGCUUUGACAAAGCCAGAUGCGCAACUGCUGCGCGAUAUCCGCGAGCUUGAUGCUGAACUUGAAUCUUGGAGAAUUUCUGUGCCUUCGAAUAUUAGGCCAUGCCUGUCAAAAGUCACGGGUGUCGUUGAGAGCAACGUUCCCCAGAGCUUAGGCAUGUAUGUUGUAUUCGUCCACUUUGAGUAUUUGUUUUUGCUCGCAACGAUUCACCGGGCUUGCGGCCGCUGUCAGGCUUGGCGAGAUAAUGGAGUUGAUGCACAAGAAACUGCGCUUCACUCUAGUUUGGCGUUGUCGGUGCAGGGCAGCCGAUCCACGUUGCGGCUUCUUAAGGUUGCAUUUUGGGACAUUCAUAGAGAAUCAUUUUGGUUAAUCAUUUUCUAUCCCAUGUGGGCCACCAUAACGAUCUUUUGUAACCUUCUGUAUAAUCCAGGAUUUGAAGCAAAUUCAGACUUGGAAUUAUUAAAAUUGCUUCCGAGUCUGAUAAAGGGAAUGCAUAUUCGACAAGUAAGCGCAAUCGAAAGAAUGCAGUUAGAUUUGCUAGAUUCAUUCUUUGGGGAGAUUGUCCGCCUCGCAGAAUGUGCCAUCCGUCAUGGGCCUAACAGUGUAGAUAUAAUAGCGUGA